CCAUAGCUCCUCCCCCUGAUGAGUGGAUUUGCUGUGAACGAUGCGGUGGAUGGUAAAGGCGUUCUGAGCUCUCGAAUUACGCAGCCAAAGUUGGGAGCAGAGGCGCGCGUUGGAGAUUUUUUUUUUUUUCUGGUGAUUUACCAAAACACUAAACGAACUGUCACUGCGCGCGCUUGUAGAUUGUGUUUGCGCCUGAAAUUUGUUGGCAAUACAUUCCUCUACUGUUUCGAGGACAGGGCGCGCCACAGGUACGCAAUUUGGGCUUUCUUUAAAAUAUCAGGCAUAAGCAUAACAUUAUGAGGUGCAGCCAUGGCAGGCAAGGGUAAGACAGCAGCGAGGACGCUGGAGGAUUUAACCCUCGAUUCCGGUUAUGGUGGAGCGGCGGAUUCCUUCAGGUCGUCCAGCGUGUCGCUCUGUUGCUCGGACACGCAUCUGUCGUAUGCGCAUGGGGGCAACUGCUGGCAUUUGACUGAAUCCAUGCACAGCAGACACAAUAGUUUGGACACGGUCAAUACAGUCCUGGCGGAAGACACGGAGAUCCUGGAGUGCUCGGGCCAGUGCGCCAAACUGCCCGAGCUGGAGGAGGACGUGCCGUGGAGUCUUGGAGAGGUGGAAGGCGCGCUGCGCAAAGACGAGGAGCUGUGCGUGGGGAACGCGUCGCGGGAGAUCCUGGCCAAGCUCUCCGCGCUGGUCAGCCGCGCGCUGGUCAGGAUCGCCCGGGAGGCGCAGCGCCUCAGUCUGCGUUACGCCAGAUGCACCAAGCACGAGAUCCAGAGCGCCAUCAAGAUGGUCCUCUCGUGGACCAUCUCCGUGAACUGCAUCACUGCGGCGCUCAGCGCACUGUCGCUAUACAACAUGAACACGGGCGAUAAAUUCAGCCGGGGCAAGUCUGCCCGAUGUGGACUCGUCUUCUCCGUCGGGAAGUUCUUCAGGUGGAUGGUGGAUAGCCGGGUGGCCCUGCGCAUCCACGAGCACGCGGCGAUUUACCUGAGCGCCUGUAUGGAGAGCCUGUUCCGAGAGGCGUUCAGCCGGGUGCAGAGGAGCGCGCUGGUGGAGAAGGAGAACGGAGUGCCAAAGUUUUCAGUGGAGUCCCUGGAACAGGCCAUAAAUAACGACUCGGAGCUGUGGGGUCUUUUGCAGCCGUAUCAGCAUCUCAUUUGUGGCAAGAACGCAAGCGGUGUAUUGAGCCUGCCGGACAGUCUGAACCUGCACCGUGACCAGCAGCGAGCAGGGAAAACUGGAGAGGGCCAUGCAUACAGCCAGGCUGAACUCCGCACCAUUGAACAGUCCCUCCUGGCAACCCGCGUUGGGAGCAUUGCAGAGCUCAGUGACCUGGUGUCCCGUGCCAUGCAUCACCUUCAGCCUCUGCACAUCAAGAACCCCAGCAAUGGGACGCCUGUACACCAGAACCGCACCGGCACUGUGCACUGGGAACCAGAGGCUCUCUACACACUCUGCUACUUCAUGCACUGUCCUCAAAUGGAGUGGGAAAACCCUAAUGUUGAGCCCUCCAAGAUCACCCUGCACACUGAGAGGCCGUUUCUGGUGUUGCCACCACUGAUGGAGUGGAUCCGGGUGGCCUUGGCGCACACAGAGCACCGCCGAAGCUUCUCUGUGGACAGCGACGAUGUACGACAGGCAGCCCGACUGCUGUUACCUGGGGUGGACUGUGAGCCGCGGCAGCUCAAAGCAGACGACUGCUUCUGUGCCACACGGAAACUGGAUGCUGCAUCCACAGAAGCAAAAUUCCUGCAGGACCUGGGGUUCCGGAUGCUCAACUGCGGACGAACUGACCUGGUCAAGCAAGCAGUCAACCUGCUCGGGCCAGAUGGCAUUAACAGUAUGAGUGAACAGGGCAUGACCCCUCUCAUGUAUGCGUGCGUCCGUGGGGACGAGGCCAUGGUGCAAAUGCUGCUGGACGCUGGAGCAGACAUCAACAGUGAGGUGCCCAGCUCACUACACAAGCACCCCUCAGUUUAUCCUGAAACCAGGCAGGGGACUCCACUCACAUUCGCCGUGUUACACGGACACGUCCCUGUCGUGCAGCUUCUGCUGGAUGCCCGAGCAAGCGUGGAGGGAGCGAUACAAGAUGGCACAGAGAACUACACAGAGACACCUCUACAGCUGGCGUCUGCAGCAGGCAACUUUGAGCUGGUCAGUCUGCUUUUGGAAAGAGGAGCAGACCCUUUGAUUGGCACAACUUACCGUAAUGGCAUUUCCUCUGGCCCGCUGGGUGAAAUGAACUCAUACAGCCUUGCAGCAUCACAUGGACACAGGAACGUGUUCCGGAAGCUUCUGUCCCAGGUGGAAAAGGACAAGGGGGACGUGCUGUCUCUGGAGGAGAUCCUAGCCGAGGGCUCCGAGACCGUAGAGAGGAGAGUGCCACAGAAUGAAGCCACCCUCCGGACAGGCAAGGCCAAACUAAGGGCCCUUCGCGAGGCCAUGUACCACAGUGCCGAGCACGGCCAUGUGGACAUUACCAUAGACAUCCGCAGCCUGGGUGUACCCUGGACCCUGCACACGUGGCUGGAGUCCCUGCGAACGUGCUUCGUGCAGCAGCGGCGGCCGCUGAUCCAAGGCCUGCUGAAGGACUUCAGCUGCAUUAAAGAAGACGAGUACACGGAGGAGCUCCUCACACACGGACUGCCGCUCAUGUUCCAGAUCCUUCGAGCCAGCAAGAACGAGGUGAUCAGCCAGCAGCUGUCAGUCAUCUUUACCCAGUGCUACGGGCCUUUCCCAAUCCCCAAACUCACCGAGAUCAAAAAGAAGCAAACGUCUCGUUUGGAUCCACACUUUCUCAAUAAUAAAGAGAUGUCUGACGUGACGUUUCUAGUGGAAGGAAAGCCCUUUUAUGCUCAUAAAGUGUUGCUCUUUACUGCCUCACCAAGGUUUAAGUCUCUGCUCUCUAACAGACCAGCGGCUGAGAACACGUGCAUUGAGAUCAGUCAUGUCAAGUACAACAUUUUUCAGCUGGUCAUGCAGUACCUCUACUGUGGCGGCACUGAGUCACUGCACAUCAGGAACACUGAAGUUAUGGAGCUCCUGUCUGCAGCCAAGUUCUUCCAACUUGAAGCUCUCCAAAGACACUGUGAAAUCAUCUGCUCCAAGAACAUCACAACAGACACCUGCGUGGACAUUUACAAACAUGCCAAGUUCCUGGGGGCUCUGGAGUUGGCAGCCUUCAUUGAGGGCUACUUCCUGAAGAACAUGGUGCUUCUGAUCGAGCUGGAGAACUUCAAGCAGCUACUGUAUGAGGUUCCCGCGGAGAGCCCCGGUCCAGGCCCGUCCUACGACGUCCUCCAUGACCUCGAGAGAACCCUGGCCCUGCGGAUCCGCUCCAUCCAUCUCUCCACUUCCAAGGGCUCCAUCGUCUGACGCUUUCCCCAAACUCACACCAACCGCUCCAUGCUGGCUUUCUUCGAGAGCUCCAUUAUUGUGUGCCAACCGGAUGGAGACAUUUCAAACAUCACCGCCGUCAUGACCAGCACCUUCCUGACGGGAUGUACUGUAGGGAAGACCGAGAGACUGCAUUUCACUCCACAGGCUCACACCUCCACCAUGUUGCAGAAACGUCAGCCUGCUGAACUCGUACCAUUCCAAGGGCUACGUUUACGUGGUGAAAAUAUUGCAAUGAAAACAUUAUGACACCCAACCAAUGUUAGUGCCCAGGGAAACCGUGGCUCCUGAUGUCAUUACUGCCUCGGCAAUGCAUUCAGAUGGAUCGGGUUCAGUUUAAGGUGGAACGACUGUCAUGCUAACUGCCGAGGACAGUUUUAGUAACACACACAAGUAUAUAUAACUCUCCAAUUGACGUAAUAUUGUUAGCCUGCCUUCUGAACCUUAAAUUUGUGUAACAUUCCCUCAAAGUGACACUUAAUGCUAAGCAAACAAUGCAUGUUGAGUUAAGUGAUGCUGCCAUCAAGUUUCCCCAUGCAGCUAUUUGUGUUCGAGCUGGACGAUAACAUCCACUAGGUGUAGAGUUUUACAAAGGAGGUGUUUUGUAUACUUCAUACUCGCAUCCAACUACAACUUUUGGUAUUUGUGUCACUGAAGAAUAAUAUGCCAGCUUUUGAAAUCCUAGCACUUGUGUUUAACGCUUGCGGUUUUAAGGAAUAGAGAUUUGCUACCUUCAGUCAUUUGUAGACUGAUCCAACACAAAUGAUCCAACCAAUGGUAGACUUAACUUGUUGCUUUUAGUUUUACGUCUCAGUCAAAAGUUAAUUGUGUCCACCUGUGCAUUAGUUCUGAGCUAUCUGUUUCAACCCACACGUUUUAAAACCCCUCUAAUCUAGCACUGUGCUUAGUACACUUCAAACUGAGCAGUUCAUCCUUGCCUUGAGGUCACGUAACCAACGAUCUGUCAAAUAAUCUGCAUGGAUCGCGUCUGGAACUUCUGUAAAAUACGAAACAACUUAUUUUCCUUUUUGUGGAUGCAGAUUUCCGCCCUUUGUGCAGGACUCUACUGUCGUUGCUUGCGAGUCUGUCGAAAUCGUGCGUUCUGAGAGAUCCCAUUGCACUGGUCGCCACCUUCGUGACCCAAUGUACAUAUUCCCAGUCUUCACCUGCUGCACUGCUUUCGUUCAAUGUGAAAAAUGUGAAGCCAGCUCAAAACAAGCUGUUUUAAGUGUGCAUGUUCCGCUUCUUCCCGUGUUCGUCUGUAACCCUUCAGAAUGUUGGUAAGUUCAAGACUGUACUGGACACAUGGUGUUACCAGCAGAAGAUUUUGUUUGCCCGGCUGAACCCAAAGUAACAGAUUUUAGAAGUAUAUAAGGCAUUUCAUCCAAAGAUGAUGACAGUAGAAUUUCAACCAAAUACUCCAUUUAUUAACACACAUGAGAUAUGAAUAUUGGAUAAUAUUGGUAUGCAUCUUACACAUGCUGGUAAAGCGCUGUCCAAGAGUCCGGUUUUGAUUAGAGGUGUGUUGUAUGAUUUCUAUUUCAUGUACGGCAAUGGAUUAACUUGGUUAUGAACAUCCUCAUGUAACAUGAAAGGUUGAAUUAUUACUAAAUUUACCCAUUGAAAUACAUAGUUUAUUGAUAUGUAGCUGACUAUGGAAAUAACAAUAUCAUGAUGCAAAUAAUUUAAAACUGUGAAGAUACAUUUAUUUUAAAGAAACUUAGCAUAGUUACUUUAUUUUCUUACGGAGUACAUUUAUUGUGAAAUCCCUGUCUGCUAUUUUGUGUAACAGAGAUAAUAAGUCAUAAUGUAACUGUAUCUGUGUCCUUGCAUUUGCAAAAAGCCAUUACUUUGAUAAGCUAACACAAAAACUGACAAGGAUAAUAAAUCAUCUUCGUGUAAUUUUAAAAGAUCGGACUUGCUUAUUUGCAAUGUCUUCAGUAAACCCCACCAUUUGUGUUCGUAAAACUGGAUUUGUAAAAGCAAUACUUGGCACAAAUAUGUCCAUGCAAGGUUAGUUUUCCCGUCUGACCUAUUACUUGUGCUUAGCAUGGAUGCUUCUCCAUGUAGCCAAAUGUAAAGCAGAGGCCAGUGUCAUGAAGUGUUUGUAAAAGCUGUACACCUCGCAUAAAAAAAAAAGAGACUUGCUCUGCCUCUGUGUUUCUUGGCUUCAGCUUUUUCUGCUUUAAGGCUGUUCAACAUGCUUUAACUUUCCACUAAUGCACACCUUUUGACACGUCUAUUCGACAAAAACCUGCAUGCUUUGGCUGGAUCAGAGUCUAACGGAAUUUGUUUGCUAUUAUUAUUUCACCUGAUUGAAACAUUGUACAUUGUACAAAAGAUAUAUAGAGAAAUAAAAUCUAUGGAACAUGGUGUAAAUAUAAGGGAUGUGGUUGACUUUAACAAUCGAAAAAACAAGAAUGUUACACUUGUGCUACAGUACAGUUGUUCAAUGACAUGCAUCUGUGUACAGUCAAUAGAAAUGACCACGACUGACCACUGUGUUGGGUCGUCAUUAAAUUUCUGUGAUAAAC